GUGUUGCCACAGGAGAGAGGGAGGGAGAGAGGCAUUCAGACAGAGGAGAUCCUCCGCAAACUGAAGUGAGAGAAAGAAUCAGGCAGAGGAGUGUGUUUGAAUGUGAGGAGAAAAUCUGUAUGCUCCUGUGUGUGUUUUGGAGGAGCGGACUGCACGUUUGCUCCCAGGAGAAAGGAUUCACAAUGACUGGGACAAUUUGGAAAAGCUAAUUUUUCAGGCUUUUGCUGGGAACACUGGUUGGAAUACUCUGGAUAUGUGACCUGCUCUGGAAAUCCUGUCUUCCUUUUAAAUCUGCAUCUCACUUUAAAAAAAACAAAACAAAAAACUAAUUCACAGUAAUUUCUGUUGAACUGGAGCCAAGCCACAAUGCCUACUGACGAUUAUAACUACCUUCCCGAUGCGCUGCCUCCUCUCCCUGAAGUCCCGGACUCUGGCUCGGCCCUGAGCUCCGUUGACAUCCAAACCCGCUGCCUCCGCAACUCGGCCUUCCGCCACACCUCCUCGCGCUACUGCUCCGCCCUCAGCAUGGACUCCUCUCCAGACAGCGCCGAAAGGCCAAUCAGCUACAGCUCAACCUCUUCCUCUGCCUCCUCUCGGGACAGUCACUGCUCGCUGGGCAGCCGCUCCACCCUCGUCCCCACCCCUCACUGCAACCAGGCAACUUCGGAUCAGGACUCCGGGGCGAUCCGAUUGGAACUGGUCCCGGCCCGGCAGCUGGGAUGCCAGGAGGAAGAUGACAGAAAUGAUGGAGGGAUGGACAAGGGGAGGGGACAGGGGAGACAGGGCAGUGAACAGACUCUGACAGAACAUUCAGAGCCCGAGGCGGGCCCAGAGGGAGGAGAGCGGACAGGUCAGGUGCAGGGACCCAGGACAUAUGUGGACCGGGUGGUGCAGGAGAUAAUGGACACAGAGAGGACAUACGUCCAGGACCUGCGCAGCAUUGUUGAGGACUACUUGGAGUCUAUAAGUAACCAGUCUCGGCUGGCCCUGAGCUCUGAGGAUAGAGGCUCCCUGUUCGGCAACAUCCAGGACAUCUACCACUUUAACAGGGAUCUCCUUCAUGAUCUUGAAAAGUGCAACGCUGAUCCUGUGGCUAUCGCAGAGUGCUUCGUAUCUAAGAGUGAAGAAUUCCACAUUUAUACUCAGUACUGCACCAACUACCCACGGUCGGUGGCUGUGCUAACGGAGUGCAUGAGGAACAAGGCGUUGGCCAAGUUUUUCCGCGAGCGCCAGGAAUCUCUGAGGCACUCCCUGCCCCUGGGCUCCUACCUGCUCAAGCCAGUGCAGAGGAUCCUCAAGUACCACCUACUGCUGCAUGAGAUAGCCAACCACAUGGAGAAGGACACAGAGACGUACGAGGUUGUGCAGGAAGCCAUAGACACCAUGCAGAGAGUGGCCUGGCACAUCAACGACAUGAAGAGGAAACACGAGCACGCCGUUAGGUUGCAGGAAAUUCAGAGCCUGCUUACUAACUGGAAGGGCCCAGAUCUGAUUGGCUACGGAGAGUUGGUUCUCGAAGGAACGUUUCGUCUGCAGCGAGCAAAAAACGAGAGAACUCUCUUCCUGUUUGACAAGCUUCUGCUCAUUACCAAGAAACGAGAAGAAACCUACACAUACAAGGCUCACAUACUGUGUUGUAACCUGAUGCUGGUGGAAGUGAUUCCUAAAGAACCGCUGAGCUUCAGUGUGUUUCACUACAAGAAUCCCAAACUUCAGCACACAGUCCAGGCCAAAUCACAGCAAGACAAGCGCAUGUGGAUCUUACACCUCAAGAGGCUCAUACUUGAAAACCAUCCAGCCAAAAUCCCUGCCAAGGCCAAGCAAGCAAUUUUGGAGAUGGAUGCAAUGCAUCAUCCCGGCUUUCAUUACAGUCCUGAUGGAGACAAGAAGGAUUCCCCUCAGACCAAGGAGGGUCCAACUCCACGUAGGGGACGAAGGAAAGAACCUCUAUCCAAAUUGCUGAAGAAUGCCAAGCAGAAUGCUGCAAACACAGACGGUGAAAAGCGAAUAAGUCUGGGUGCCACCCUACUCUCACCAAUGUCCCAACUGGCUUUGGGCACCAUCGGUCGCAGCCGCAGCCUCAUUAACCAGUCACAGGAGUCACUGGAUCCUGGUGAUCACUUCGACCAUAGCGACAGAGAAGAGGAGCCGCAUCAGCAAGAUGCUGAUGAUGAAGAUGACAGCGGCCUGGGCGGAGGAAAGCGGCUGCGAGUCCCUGGUAAAAGCAGUAGGAAGAGGCUUAACCCUCAGGCGUCUGUCGACAGCAUAGAGCAAUGGAAAGCUUUCAACAUGAGCUCUUCAGACUUACAGAAAGCCAGAGAAUCCCUAGUGAGGGAUGGAAGUCGCCAUCCGCCACUUCUCAGGACACCUCAUGUAACAGAGGAGCCUCCAGACACCCCCAUUCCCUCUGUAGUCGUCACAGAAAGCGACCAUUCAGUGAGCAACAUCUGGGCAGACCACCGAGCUCGCAGGGCCAUGUUCCCCACCCGCCAGCGAACCAUGCAGCCUGAUGACGAGGACGAGGACAUCUACCAGAUGUUUGUCCCAACAGAGCCAAGCGGGCCAGAACCAGAGGCACCUUCUGAGAGAUCGGAGGCCACCUCAUCGCCCAAGACAGCUCGGCCCUGCAGCUGGCAUGUCGAGCAGGUGCCCACUGUGCAGAUUGACCCUCCACCUGAUGCGAGCAGGGUCCUGCGGCGGGCGAGCAGCGCAGGGGAGAAGGCUACAGAGGCCCGGCAGAGUCCGGAUGACGACCAGACCGAUCACAGCAACUUAGAGGUGAUUCACACUGAAUCCUCCAGCAAUGACAUAUCUGGAUCAUCCUCGGCCGAGCAGUUGACGAUAGACGAUAUUGAGAAUGUUUACGACAACAUCAGUUAUGAGGACCUAAAGAGCAUGGGCCUGGUCAGAAGAGACCCUGAGGAAAGCCGGAAAGAAACGGAUGCACAGGGUUCUCAGGGGCAGACUGCACGGGUACUAAAUGCUCCAGAGGCUCCUGCAAUCACAGAACCUCUGAUUGAGCCAGACUCUUCCUCGGAGAGCAACCGGUCGUCCACUCAGGAGGGGAGGACGUGUGAGCUCAAGAUCGUAGAGGAGAGCAUCUACGACACCAUCUGUUUCCGGGAGCCCCCGUCUGCAGAGCUUAAAGGAAUGAAUGAAGGCGAUAAACUCAAACAAGAGAGGGACAGUCUGCUGGCCUCUGAGCACGACCUGACUGAGAGCCUCGAAGGUUUUGUGUCCGAGGAGAGCCUCCAUUUCGGAGAGGAUGAAGCACCAGACACCCCCCAUCCUGUCCUGUGUUCCUCCGAGCCAGAUUAUUCCUCCUCGUCCGCCUCUGAGACGUUCUCUCAGCGCUCACAGAAAGGAGAUAAGAUAUCGGAGCAAGUUGACGAGAUCUGGAACGAUUUGGAAAACUACAUUAAGAAAAACGAGAAGAAAGCUGAUCGACUCCCUGCUGCCUUCCCUGUCAGCGCCUCUGAGUCGCCGAAGAAGGCGUCCGCAGUCAAAAACAGCCCGACAAAGAGCCCCCCUGUAAGUAGUCCUCAAGCAGCCAGCCCUCCAACCAAGAGUCCCCCAGCACAUAAACCCCCACCUGUCACCUCCACGCCGUCAUUCACCAUCCCAAUCAUCAACCUCCCUGACCCUCAAAGCGAAGGCACCACCGCAGAAGAAAACCACACCCCUGCUCCUGCAUCUCGACCCCUUCCCGCCACACCAGAGCCCCUCCCAGGCACCGUGAAGAGCAUCCGUAACAGGCUGGCUCGCCUCAGCAGCGGCAGCUUCCGUCUAGAGGACGACGACCUGGUGGAGCUCCCGCCACGCAACACCCCUCAGAGGGAUAUUCCCCUCAAGGACCUCCACAGCUUGUUUUCAGGGGAGCUGGCAGGUCUGGACUCUCCGCUGGCCUCCUCCUCUCUGCUGCUGGGGGAGUCUGUGGACCUGGAGCUGAUGGAUAAAUCAAAGAACAGGGUGUUCCUGAUGGCGCGGCAGUACAGCCAGAAGAUUAAGAAAGCCAACCAGCUGUUGCGCAUGAGGAGCAUGGACCCUGGAGACUCCUGCAGCCGGGCCAGAGCGGAGAAGAAGCAGAAGGACCUGGCAGCCAUCCUGGAGGAAAAGAAGCAAGGGGGCACGGCCAUAGGUGCCAGGAUAGCUGAGUACUCCCAGCUCUAUGACCAGGUGAUGUUUAAGGAUCCUCCUGCUUCAGCUGGCCCACAUCACUCACAUCCCGGGCUGCCGUCUUCUCCGUCCAUGCCUGAGACGUCCCUGGAGGAGGACUGGCUCCACUCCACAUACAGCAAUGGAGAGUUGGCGAGCUUCGUUUCCUCAACCAGCGAGCUGGACAAUGCUCGAGCGUCUUCUACCCCGCAGCGCAGACUCACCUCCGCCUGCUCCAUCCCUUCUCUCAAGACCUCCCCUCCCUCUUCGACCUCCCCGCCGUCCCAGAGAUGGAGCUCGUGCAUGUCGGCACCGAGCGAAAAAGAGGAGCACGUGUACAGUUCCAUAAAGAGACAUCCUUCCUUUAACGCUCCGUCUUCGACAUCCUCAAAGUCUUCCCCAUCCAGUCACUGUCAGUCACUCGGCUCUCUGGGCGGCCAGCAGCAGGAGAAGAACCAGUCUGGACUGAAAUGUAACGGACCCGCUGUGGAUCGAUCCACAGACAGACUGCGCGGUCCCAGUCUGGGUCGUGCUGGUCGGCAGAGUAGCCUCCCGGAGCGCUCCACCCAGGGACAGUCAGAGCUCACUUUACACGACGGUCAACAGGUGGUGGUCCUGAACCGGGCCUCUGCACUGAGCAUACUCACGGCCACCCAGAACUACCUGGCGAAUUUUAAGGACGAUGGGGAAGACGACGAUGACUAUGUAGAGAUCCGCUCGGAGGACGAGAGCGAGCAGGAGCAGGACAGGUUGGCGCAAAGAAACGGCAGCUCGGCAGCCCUUUCCAAUCAGAACCGAGGGCUCGUCCACUCCCAGAGUCUGCCGUGCACGCCGGUGCACUCCUGCGACCCGCUGAGGUCUCUGGACCGUGAGCAUCUGGAGAAGUACCUGUGGAGCGAGCCGCAGCAGAGCCAACCCAAAAUUGUCCAGUCUCUGAGGGAUAAGUUUCAGUGUCUGAGCUCCAGUAGCUUCGCCUGAGUCAAAUAAAAGCCAAAUAUAUAUAAACAUACAGCGAAUAGCAACAAAAGGGACGCUGCUGCUUUGCCUUGAACGCCAACCAUCAUUCUCUCAACAUAGAUCAGAAGCAGUUUCUUUGAUUGCAGCCAUAUUCGUAACAACUAUGAAACUCUCUGUAACAGGGCGUCAGUGUAAAAUACAUGAUAGGUUACUAUCAGUAGUGAAAAGCCUGCAUGUGAGCUGCCUUAGCACUUCCAGGUUCAAACCGUCUUCUGUGUGUGUUUCCAACAGAUCAGUCAUAAAUGAUCAGUCAUUUAUAAAGGCAUUCAGUGUGACUGAAUGGGGUUUCAAUAUUCAGAGGGAUUCAAACUCUUUUAUCGCUUUACGUGUGAGCCUUGUAGAGAUAAUUGGAGUCGUAUGAAUUGCUGGAGUGCCAAUAAACUGUUGUACAGUUGCAGUAGUUCAGGUUCUCUGUUACCGAUUGUAAGAAGUAAAAUUUGGUCUGUGCCCAACAUGUCAAAAUGCAAGCAUCAAAAAUCACCACAUCAGGAGAACCUCUUCAAGCUCUUUCUUUUAAUUUGUUGUUAAGGUUAUUUUAACUGCUUUUCCAGCACUAGUUGAUCUUUAAGGGACAGCUCACCCCCAGAUUAAAAAUUCAUAUUUCACCUCCUACCUGUAGAGCUAUUACUCAGUCUAGAUUGUUUUUGUGAGUUGUGAGUGUGAGAGAUAUCGGCUGUAGAGAUGUCUGUAUGUAUUUUGUUCAUAUGCUGUAUGCUAAAAACACUCAACAGCGAUGUCUCUUCAGAAUUACAGAUUCGGUGACUUAAGACUGUUGUGAGCUGUUUCAUGUAGCGACUGUUAUCUUUUUUCCUAACUACACCCGCCAACUGUAUCACUGCGCCGAAGGAAACCUGCAUCUACUGGUCCACUGAGUGAACUAACUCAGCCGAGGAGGACGCCAUUAAUAUUUACAUCUUGCAGUGUCACUCGCACAAGCCUCUCGUUGAGCAGAUGCACACUUCUCUUUGUGCGGUGAUACAGUUUGAGGGUGUAGCUCGGCGUAAAGUUAAAAGCCCUACAGGUUAGAGGAAAAAUAUCUAUUUUAGAUUUUGUGGUGAACUGUCCCUUUAACCUGUGUAGGAGAGGUGAACCACAGUGGUGGUUAGUGUUUUUAAUUGUGCAUUCACUAUCAGUCAGUUCUGAACAAGCAGCUUUUUUCAAAUUUGCAAUCUUCAGAUUUGCUUCUCGUCACUUUAACAGCGUUUUUAGCAAUUAUCGUAACAAACAGGACGCAGCUGUAAAAAAACACGUUGCCUAAGAUCCAAUAGGUUAAGUAUAACUAGACUUAGUACUGUAAGUCUACCUGAAGUUAUUUCACUCUACCUGCCUCCUUUGUCAUCAUUAGGGUAUCACGCUUUAAGAUCAAGAGAAGAUAUUUUAGAUAAUCUAUAAGAAACUGUAGAGCUUCCUAUUUAUUUUGAGUAAAUCAGAGAUGUUUGUACAUGUUACAGUCUGGGGGCAUCCAUCAUGUAGAGUGAAAUGUGCAUCUCAACAAGUUUUUAAAUCAUACUAAUUUUAACCUUUUGUUAAGAGGGACCACGAAGGAGAGAUAGUUAAAAGACUACAGUACUGUAUUUUUUUUUUUUUUCCCCAAAAUGGAUAGUCUGUUUACUUUGUUUACACUCUGGGACACUCCCAACACUACUGAUGUUGCAUCCACAGUCACAGAAAGAAAGUCACAGUGAGACAGUUGUCAAGUCACUUUAAUGAGGUUCAUACAACACAAUAUGUUUUUUCUCCCCUCAAGUAUAUAUUUACCACACACUUGUUUUUUUUUAAAAAUCACGAAAAUUGUCCUAUUUAUUUGAGCACAUCAUUGUUAUUUUGGCCCUUAUCACUAUAACAACAAGCCACAGAAAGUUGUAAAAUAAAGUAUUUAUUGAAAGAUGGUUUUAUUGAGACAAAUUUGAAUUAAAUACUGUGAAUAUUUUUUUCAGAAGUAGGUUCUUUUCUAUCACGCACUGCUUAACACAAUUUCCAUAUCACACGUGAAAAUUUGAUAAGCACAAUAUCAUGGCCUACUGUUCAUAUCAGGAAAUGUACGUCAAAAGCAAGUUAGGAAUAUGAAGUAUGUUUUGUUUUUUUAAUUGUACAUUUUUGUCCUCUUUCACUGGUGGGGAUUGUCAGUCUUCAUUGACUCUUUUUGCACUUUUCUGUCUUUUUUUUUUUACGUUUUAUUGUAAACACUUUGUAAAGAUGUACAUUUUAGGAAAGUUAUUCUUGUAUGCCAUAGGUAUGCUUUAUAAUGCUUUAAUGUUUAAGUUAAGUGUACUGUAUUUUUUUAACUGCCUAGUUGUCAUUGCUCAACAAAACAAUGUAUUGGAGGUAAUAAAUUCAGAUUAAACUCA